GUUUCCUAAAAUCAAACCUAAUCAACAUAGAAGAAGAAAAAAUGGAAGUCUCAAAAUACUUAUCUCUAUUUGCUAUAUACAUCAUUUUAUUACACAACCUAAUUACCUUUGCACAAGGCAAUGACCAAAUCAACAAAGUAUGUGAAAAAACACCUAACAAAGAUCUAUGUACCCAAAUCCUUACUUCGGACCCAUUGAGCGAAUUCGCGACUAUGCCUGACCUAGCUAUGAUAUCACUAAGAGUGGCCGCUUCCAACGCAACAGGAAUACUAACCGAUGUGAAAAUAAUGAUUGAUGAUCCGGAUUUGGACCCCGAAGUUCAACAAGGUUUGGCCGAUUGUAAGGAGACGUUAUUGGACGCGGAAGGUCAACUUGAAGAUAGUAUCGCUGCGAUUUUGUCAAACACAAAAAAUGAUAUUCAAUUAUGGUUGCAAGCAGCAUUGGCUGCAAUUGAUACAUGUGAUGCUUCAAUUCCUGGUGAUGAUGAUAUUCUCUCUAAAAGAAGUGUAGCAUUUCGUGAAUUGUGCAACAUUGCUGUUGCCAUUAGUAAGAAUUUGGGCACUGAUGAUCAAGCCUAAAUUACAUUAUAAUAUUAGUAUCAUUGCCUUUUCUUUUUGUUGUGUUUUAAAAAUUACAAAUGUGAGAUUUAUUCAACAUUGAAGUUUUGAAUUCUAAUUGAGAGUAGAAAUAAAAAAGUAUUAUACCA